CUGAAAAAUGAGAACAAAGUGAUUGUUCCUGUUCUCCUUCUUAAGUCACUUCAAAUGCUAUCCGUGGACGGGCGUCUCAUUGUCAGGAGAGUUGCAGUGCGAGUAACACUGGGAGAGAGUUGUGACAGGUACCAGAGCUGCAGCAGCUGAACAGGAGCAUCCACACCAUCGCACCCGCAGCAUCACAGCUGCCGCACCAGCAGUCUGAAAGAGGAUGGAGAGGGCCAGUGCGACGUUCUCACCAGGCAGAAGAUCUCCUUUCAGAGAUGAACGUAGACAAACAUCUCAGCAGCAGCAGAGUCUCUACCUAAGCCCACCUCUGCUGUACAUGGGUCCCCCCAAAUUCACCCCGCCCAGAUACCCCAGUAUAUCCCCUAGCGGAGACUCAUACAGUACAUUUAGUGCGUCUCCUUUCUUUCCCUUGCUUAGACCUAACUACAUCCAAAAGGAGGGCUCCCAAAAACGCAAAAGAACUCCUUUCAAAGUGGACCCCCGAGGAGAUGAGUCUCCAGACAGAGGAGACGAGGAGACAGAGGAAAGCAGCCGUAAAAAAACAGCAGACAUGUCCCACGUCCCCCUGUCCCUCCCAGUGCCUAGCCCAUCACCAAAACAUGUCCCUGGUAUGAUCGAGCUGAACAAACUGCAGCCUUUUCAGCAGGCAGCAGGUGUGAAUCUACCUGUGACCAUCAAACAGGAGCCCCUCAGCCCUUCUCCUGUUUGGCCUCCGUCUCCUCUACUUCUCCACCCUCCUUAUCUCCCCUCUCCUUACCACCGCAGCCUCCUCCCUUACCCUUUUUUCAUGCCAGGGCCAGUCAUGCAACUCUCGCCCAGUGCUUUCUACCGCAGGGAGGACCUGCGUCCUGGCCACCAUGCUCGUGAGGGGGCUCCUCGAGGGGGGUCAACCAGUGCUGAGAAGCUUGGGCUGGACAUCCACGUGGAUGACAGUUACUAUGUGGACGUCGGAGGCGACCAAAAGAGGUGGAAGUGCCGCAUGUGCGACAAGUCCUACACCUCCAAGUACAACCUGGUCACACACAUUCUGGGCCACAAUGGAAUCAAACCCCAUGGCUGUCACCUGUGUGGGAAACUGUUCAAGCAGCUGAGUCACCUGCACACACAUCUGCUCACCCACCAGGGCAUGAGACCUCACAAGUGUCAGGUUUGCCACAAGGCCUUUACCCAGACCAGUCACCUGAAGAGGCACAUGAUGCAGCACAGUGAUGUCAAGCCUUACAGUUGCAGUGUGUGUGGUCGAGGCUUUGCGUACCCCAGUGAACUUCGUGCUCACGAGCUCAAGCAUGAAAAAGGUCAGGAGAACAUUUGCGUGGAGUGUGGUCUGGACUUUCCGACACUCGCUCAACUGAAAAGACACCUUAGUGUCCAUCGUGGUCCAACCCUGUACAGGUGUACAGAGUGCCAGAAGACUUUCCAGUAUCCCAGUCAACUCCAGAACCACAUGAUGAAACACAAAGACAUCAGACCAUACAUCUGCAGCGAGUGUGGGAUGGAGUUCAUCCAGUCUCACCACCUGAAACAGCACACGCUCACUCACAAAGGCGUGAAGGAGCACAAGUGUCGGAUCUGCGGUCGUGAGUUCACCCUGUUGGCCAACAUGAAGCGCCACGUCCUCAUCCACACCAACAUACGAGCCUACCAGUGCCACAUGUGCUUCAAGAGUUUUGUCCAGAAACAGACUCUUAAGGCUCACAUGAUCGUCCACUCAGACAUCAAGCCUUACAAGUGCAAGCUCUGUGGGAAGGAGUUCAACAGGAUGCAUAAUUUAAUGGGCCACAUGCAUCUCCAUUCAGACAGCAAGCCCUUCAAAUGCCUCUACUGUCCCAGCAAAUUCACACUGAAGGGAAAUCUGACCAGACACAUGAAGGUCAAACACGGAGUCAUGGACAGAGGACUGGAUGAAAGAUUGUUUAGGCAAAGAGGGCAAUUCUGCCUGACUUCCCCGAUGGGGCUCCUCACUCACUACAGCCAAGAGGAGCCAUUUGACCUUUCGCAGAAACCACCAGAGCUGCCCAGCCUCCGGCUUUCUCAGUCGGAUGGAGAGAGCAUCCUUGGAAGCUCUUGUCAGGAGGAGGAAGAUGAAGAGAGUUUGUACAGAAGGAGCCAGUACAGCCCUGAAGUGGACCCACAUCAGUGCCGAGGCAAGGAACAAUACCACCAAAAGUUAGAGGAGGGAGAACCGGGGUCUCUUGAUGAUCAGUCAGUGGGCGAGAAACACAAACAGCUUCAUCAGCAAAGUGUAACGGAUGAGAUGGCAGCAGGAAAAGCAGAAGGACGAUCUGCCGAGCACUUCAUGGAGUCAGAAGAAUCCUAUGAAUCUUACUUAGAGCUUGGCCAGCAGUCAUACCAUGAACCAGGCUCUAGUCAUUCAUAUGCAUAUGACUCAGAUUCAGAGCUAGAAAAUUAUCAUCAGGAGCAAAAAGAGCCAGAGCAGAGUGAACAGCAGCCGAACGACUUCAGAGAGACAGUGAUCAGAGCAGAGAGAGAGCAGAACAGAUUGGAGACAGGUGAAAUAGUUGCUGGUAACUUUACAGGCGAACAGGAUGGUGGAGAAAAACAGAUUGAGAAAGUAGUGUUAGAAUGAGAGGAGGGUUUGUUUUGACAGAAAAGUGUACAGGAUGCUGAGGAGGCACUUCCCUGAGGAGAAGGGAGGCUUGUAUGUCUGUAAUUAUGAAGGAUGUGCUGCAGUAGCUUGGCCAAAAAGGAAGGAUGAACACAUCAAGUUUGUUAUCUUACAAAAAAGAAAUAAAGUCCCUGCAUUAAAAAGAUGUGAAGCAUUUCUUGUACAUAAUAUUUAGUAAAUUAAUAUAUAUUAAAAUACAUGAUUUGGCUAAUCAGAAAAAAUAUAUGUUUUUUUGUCAAUAGAUGUAUUUUGAAUUUGAAUCAAGUAUAUAUUUUUUUGUGUAGAGAUUUGAUUAAUAUAAUUAAUAUUAGAAUAGUAUCAAUCAAAAUCAUCCAUAUUCUCUCCUUUAAUUUAUGACAGCAACAGAUUUGACAAAGCUUGAUGAAACUAACUGUGAUCGACUCUGUAUUAUUUCAUUGUAUUGAGUAGAUGAUUUUGUCACGGAUGAUUUAUGAGAAACGUUGUUCUUGUAUUAUUAUAUGCCAAUAUGAUUUGAUGAGCCAAUUGUGAUUCUGUUAAAUUAAUAAAUAAACUGAUAUAUUUGUGUGAAAA